GUGUUCUUCCCCAGAUUCAACUUCUAAUGAGAUAUUAAAGAUAUGGUCAACUUUCCCUGAUUAACAAAAAUAAGCUAAAUAGCCGGCAAUGACAAAGACAUUGACCAUAAAAAUAAUCAAGACUUCAAAUCUGCCGCCAUAUGAUAGGAGUAGUAGUUGUCCUCGAUCUGUUGUAAUCACAACACCCUUCUCUGUUCUCUUGUAUUCUUAUCCUGCUAAUUAUUCGCCAAACAUUUUUUCCUUCAAGUCCCAAUUUCUGUUUACAUAUGGAAACCAUGAUUCCUUCUGUGCUCAUCUCCGCAGCCAAGGGAAUCCUGAAUGGGUUGCUUCCCCUAGCAAUAAAUCAGAUUAACCUGGCAUGGGGUUUCAAGAAAGACCUCGAAAAACUCCACGAAAGGCUAGAAAUUAUUCAGGCUUUGCUAUAUGAUGCAGAGAACCAGAAAAUAAUCUCACAUACUAUGAUGGCAUGGCUAAAGAAACUCAAGGCUGCAAUCUGCGAUGCUGAGAAUGUGCUGGAUGAAUUGGCCUAUGAAGCUCUUCGAAGAAAGAUUGAGGUUCACGACCGGAAGAGGGACAAGGUGCGCCAUUUGUUCACCCACUCUGAUCCAUUGUCAUUCCAUUUCAAGAUGGCUAAUAAGGUCAAUAACAUCAAUAAACUGUUAGACAGAAUUUGUAAAGCAGCAAAUGAUGUUGGUUUUAGACCAGCUGAGCAACCCAAUGAUGCUAUUGUUCAACCUAGGGAGUGCAUGAUGAGUCAACCUUUUAUCGAUCAUACACAAGUUGUGGGUAGGGAUGGUGAUGUUAAGGUAGUGGUAGAUAUGUUACUUGGUUCUUAUGUAGAAGAUGAUUUACCUGUCGUUGCUAUUGUAGGAAUACCUGGGCUAGGAAAGACAACUCUUGCUCAGGUAGUUUACAAAGAAGCAAAAGUCACUAAGAAUUUCUGUGCAAGAAUGUGGAUUUGUGUAUCUGAUGAUUUCAAGGUGGAAAGGUUAUUGAAUGAUAUGGAGCAAUCUCUUACGGGAGAUAAGUCUGAGACUCAUAGCAUUGAAGGGGUAGUGAGAAAGCUUAGACAAAAACUGAAUGGGAAAAAAUACUUGCUUGUAUUAGAUGACGUUUGGAACACGAAGCCAGAUUUAUGGGUAGACCUAAGAUGUUCUUUGGUAGGAAUAGGUGGCUCUUAGGAAAGCAAAAUUUUAGUUACUACACGUAGUAUGGAAGUUGUAUUAGCAAUGCGAACAUCCCCGUCAUGCACCCAUCAGUUGACGACACUUUUAGAAGCUGAUUGUUGGACAAUGUUUAGGAAAAGAGCAUUUUCCAAUAGAGAACCAAGAGAAACUCCAACUUUAUUGGAUAUUGGUCGAAGAAUGGUAGAAAAGUGUAAGGGUGUACCAUUAGCGAUAAACUCAUUAGGAGGUCUACUGUACUCGAAGCAGGAUGAACAAGAAUGGGAGUUCAUCGAGAAGAGUGAAAUAUGGAGUUCACUCGAAAAUGAAAAUGGUAUUCUACCAAUAUUGAGGCUUAGUUUCGACCAUUUACCGUCACCAUCUUUGAAACAAUCUUUUGCAUACUGUUCUAUUUUUUCAAAGGAUGAAGUCAUUAUCAAGGAUGAGUUGAUUCAACGUUGGAUGGGUCUAGGAUAUCUUCAACCUUCUUCAAGAUGUAAGGUGGAAAUGGAAGAGUUAGGCAAUGAGUAUUUUAAUACUUUAUUGCGCAAUUCGUUAUUCCAGGAAGUGGAAUAUGACGAGUACAACAAUAUCACAAGUUGCAAGAUGCAUGAUCUUGUACAUGAUCUUUCACUUCAUGUCUCAUAGGGUAAUUGUUUGACUUUGGAAGUUAGUGAGGUGAAGAAUAAUCCCGAUGUUGAAAAUCUGUCGUUACUUCUUAGAGAAGAAACACGGUUAGAUAUUUCAGAAGAAAACAUUGGAAAAUUGAGGUCACUAUUUUUAACGGGAGAUCUCCCCGAAAACACCAAAAAUUUUCAAUGUAUUCGCGCUUUGUGUUUAGUAGACUCCAAGUUGCCAAGUUCAAUAUGCAAGUUCAUACAUUUAAGGUUUCUUGACAUCUCUAGCUCUUCUAUUACGAAAGUUCCAAAUUUUAUCACCAAGUUCUACAAUUUGGAAACACUAAAGCUACCAUGGUAUCUGGAAGAACUUCCAAACGAUAUCCAUAACUUGGUUAGCUUGAGACAUUUUUAUCUUGGAAAUUCAUAUGGAUCUAGAAAGUUAAUGCCGAUGAAGAUAGGGCAGUAGACAUCAUUGCAAACAUUACCCGUCUUUGUGGUGGGCAAGAAGAGUGGCCAUAGAAUCGAAGAGUUGGGUAACUUAACCAAGCUAAGAGGUAGGUUGGUGGUUCGGGAUCUACAAAAUGUGAAAGACAAGGAAGAAGCAGAGAAGGCUAAAAUGUUUCAAAAAUCUAAACUUCAAGAGUUGACAUUGUACUGGGAUGGAGACCUUAGAAACUCCAACGAUAACCAUGAGGAUGUGUUGGAGGGACUCAAACCUCACCGGAAGGUUAAGGGAUUAAUACUUUGUUAUUUUGGAGGAAGAAGAUUGGCUUCAUGGAUGAGUACUACAGAUGCCCUUUUGCUUCUAAAUUUGGUGAAGAUUGAAUUGAAGGACUUCAGAUUAUGUGAGCAAGUCCCUGUGCUUGGACACCUUCCGCAUCUUGCGACGGUCAAAAUGGUUCGUUUGCAUAACUUGAAGCGUAUUGGUCCUGAGUUUUAUGGACCAGAUGAAGGCAUUAUUGAUAAUUGCAGUACUAGUGGGGCAGCAGCAAGAGUAUUUCCAGCAUUGAGGGAAUUCCAACUUUUUGAUAUGCCUCAGCUAGAAGAAUGGUCAGACGUAUCAUCAUUACCUGUUGUUGGCACGAGAAUGCUAGAGUUCUUCCCCCUUCUUCAGAAGUUAGAUAUCUCAAAGUGCCCCAAGUUGAUAACCAUCCCAGGGGAUUUGUUAUGCAUUUAGCAAUUACUUUUUACAUUGUACUGUAUUUACCAUAAUUACCAAGAAAUGCGGUACAGCAUGUCCCUGCUCAUAUAUGUGGGAGCAAUUUUUGUUCACCCUCAUCUUUAGUGAGGGUUACUUUAGACACAUUUUAUGAGAUAUUUCGCGGGUUCAUUUUGGUAAUCAAAAUCGUUCAUUGUAUAAGAAUAAAUUUGUUAAGAUACCAUGGAAAUUCAGUUUAAUCGGAUAUCGAUAAGUACUCGAUGAAAAAAAAUCAAAUUUUGCUUUAUCCAGUUAUACACCCAAGAACUAUAUUUUUUUAACAAGUACAUACUGAUCCUCGAUUGAACUGAUAUUUUUCUUGAUCUCUUAACAAAUCAAUUUAUACCAAAAUGAACAGUUUUGAUCAUCAAAUCAGGACCCGCAAUAUUAGCUCACAGAAUGCAGGUAAAGUUUUGGCAAGGGUGAACAAAAUUUCUCUCUGUAGAGGUAGAUGUGGAUUGAGAAAAUAUUGCUACUUUAAUGGAAGAUUUGCUAAAAAAAAGCAGUGAGUCCCUAAUGCUUUGUUUGGAAUUUGUGGAAAAAGCGGGAAGGGAACAAAAAAUAAUUAAGAAGAAAAAUGUGAGGAAAAUAAAGGGAAAAUUACACUCUACUUAAUACACUAUUUUGCCAUUUUCUCUCCACUUAAUUCUGAAUCCAAACAAGGGAAGAUUUUUUUUUGAAACUUUCCCUCUUUUCCCUUCCUUUCUCCAUGUUCCAAACAAAGCAUAAGCGAUUUGACAAUAGGGGAAAUGGAUGAGCUAAGUUAUUUCCUCAAAACCUAGCGUUACUUGAGAAGUUAGAAAUAUCGGUCUCAUUACUAUAACCUGAUGAGUCCAACUGACAAAACUGAAGCAGCAUUCAAUGGCUUGACGUCCCUUCAACAUCUUGAAAUUGAACGUUGCCCCGAGUUUUCAAGUUUGCCUAAGGAGCUGCUACAACCAACCCUCGUAGAUAUACGCCUAAAGUGGUGUCCAAAGUUAAAAACGCCCAAUCCAGAAGCAUCACGUGGCCUCACAUCCCUCAAGAACCUGACAGUUGAAGAAUGUCCAAUCUUGUGGAGUUAUUGGGAGGAGGGACUGGUUUGCUCCUCCAAUCUUCAAUCAUUGCAUAUAGGUGAAUUCACUGAGAAGUUAAGAUAUUUCCCCUGGCCCUCCCCAAGUGCUGCAUCAUCACCAUGGUGCCAUUUCACAUCCCUGAAGUAUCUAGUUUUAGUGGGAUGGGCAGAGGUCAGGUCUCUGCCUGAUCAACUUGAGCACCUCUCUGCCUUGACAAGUUUAAAACUUCAGCAUUUCAGUGGAUUGGAAUCUCUGCCGGAGUGGCUGGGUAACCUUUCAAAAUUCAAUCCUUGGAAAUACAUGAGUGUCCCCUUCUUGAGGAAAGAUGUGAAGAGGGAGGCGAAGAUUGGCACAAGAUUGCUCAUAUUGCAUCUAUUCAAAUAGAUUCAUGGGAUCGAUUUUGCUGAGCUGACGUGUACCCUCUACAUGCAGAUAAAGCUUGAAAGUACCCUGCCAGGCAUGUAAUUUCUCACUUUUUGCAUUAUCUUUUGUUUGUGUUUCUUAGACUAGGUACUCUUUCAAUGGCAGUUUUAGUGGGUCUAUUCUCUUGGUCGUAUACAUCCAGCCGUUGUGAUUUCUGAGACCUCUGCGAAAAUGAAACAACAGGGCUUGUGACAGCGGACUCUGUUGAAGAAAGUAGUCCUUAACUAUUUAACUCCACAUUUAUUUAAAUCCUGUGAUUGAAAUGGUUUAAGUAAUCCGUUCUUUCUAUUCACUGAGCACUCAGUGUACAAAGUGAAAAUCCUCAAGGUCCAGUAAAUAACGCAUCCUGAGAAUCAAAUUAAAGUGCACUAGUACGUCUUAAUAUUGUAAGACUAGUGAUCAAAAUAGCUAUGAGACUUCUCUCUCUCUUUUUUUCCUCAUUUUUUUUGCUCCAUUUCUAGGUGUUUUUGAUUCCCAUGUCUUUGAGACAGCGCAAUAUGCCAAGUCUAUCUAACAAAUUCUCGGUAAGACAUGGAUUUCAAGGGUCUUUCUCGUGCAUAAAUAGUUUUUCUAACACUUUUCUAGAUAUUUAUUUUCUUAAGCAUGAAUUCGUUGUUUCUGUUCAAAUUGUUUGAGAAUGUUUUGCCUGCUGGUUAACUGCAAAUUGUCCAGAAAUCGAUAAGCUUGCGAUUUGAGCACUUCUUGAUUGAAAUCAAUAUUUUGCAAAGGUAGGUCGAAGUGAAGCUUUUGAUCUAGGACUUCAGUGUCUGAUCUCACCGAAAUGAUGCUAGAAAUAAUGCGCAUCAAUAUUUAGUACUGGUUCUUUGGCUGCUAUUUCUGUUUGGUUUUAGCAUUGUUUUUUCUGCUCUUAGUGCUGGUUUUGUGCUGCUUUUAAAGCUGGUUUUUCUGCUGAUCUACUGGUGGAAAUGGAAGUGGAUCUGGAGCUGCUUAUCACUGAAACUAAAUCUGUUGGAAGGUGGUGCUGUUCUGUUGAAAAUAUGGUUGGCUUGCUGCUGCUGAUGAUACUGUUAGGGUGUUGGUUGUACAAAUAUUUUGAUGAGUCGUAUGUUGAGAUGUUAUAAGGAUUGUUGAUGUAUUGAGUCAAAUUGAGGGAUUUGUCCUCCUUUGUAACAGUUUCACUUUGUUCCAUUUUAUUCUCUGUCUUUGACUGAACUAUGGUAUGCUUCUUGCCUACUUGUUUUGGUCUGUUUGGGCCCAGGGUGGUAUACGAUUGUCGGAGAGUGUGGGUGCCGACUUACCUUGGGAUGCGUGC